AAUUGUUCUAGGAGUCAUUUUUGGAGACCGACCCAUAUACCUAUUUUGAAUUGCAAACAAGACCACAAAAUAUCCCGCCCUCAACUCUCAAUUUCACCAUCUCUCUCUCUACAACGGCGACACACUAAAAUUAAAACCGCUCUCAAAGUUACAGACAGACAGAGAAAUCUGAAAUGGCUACAAAGAUUGGAACGAUGGACUCAGUUUACUUUGUCGGCAGAUCGGAGAUUUUGGCGUGGAUCAAUUCCACUCUCCAUCUCAAUCUCUCCAAGGUCGAAGAGGCGUGUUCUGGAGCGGUUCAGUGUCAGCUGAUGGAUGCUGUUCAUCCCGGAACAGUUCCGAUGCACAAGGUCAAUUUUGACGCCAAAAACGAUUACGAGAUGAUACAGAACUACAAGGUUCUCCAAGACGUUUUCAACAAACUCAAGAUCACCAAGCAAAUUGAGGUAAAUAAGCUAGUGAAAGGAAGACCCUUGGAUAAUUUGGAGUUCAUGCAAUGGAUGAAGGGGUACUGUGAUUCUGUCAAUUCGGGAGGCCUACGCAAUUACAAUCCUAUGGAAAGGAGAGAGGCUUGCAAAGGUGGAAAAGAUGUCAGCAAGAAAUUUGCACAAUCACAAUCAUCAGCCAAGUGUGCAUUAGCUCCUGCUAGAACUCAAGCCUCCCAUAAUGCCCGAAGGAAUGAUGCACCUUCUCUAAAUACUACUAAUCAAUCUGUGAAGGCUUCUAGACCUUCUUCAAGUGGAGGGCCUUCUGUCUGCCCUGAAUUAGGAUGUACUGUGUUUGAACAACAGAUCACGGAGCUGAAGUUGUCAGUGGAUAGCCUUGAGAAGGAGAGGGACUUUUACUUUGCGAAGUUGAGGGAUAUUGAGAUCUUGUGCCAGUCCCGUGAGAUUGGAGACCUCCCUGUGGUUGAAGCAAUACAGAGGAUAUUAUAUGCUAUGGAUGAUGAUGCAUCAGUGGUGUCAGAAGCUCAGGCCAUUAUAUCCGAAUACCAGCACCAAGCAGAGCCAUCGAGUUCCAUACCUGAGGUGGAAGAAGAUUUGCCAAAGUCAGAUAAUCAGAAAAGGAAAACUAUAAUCAAUCUUGAUGUUGAUGUUGCUGCGAGCACUACAUUGUCUCCAAGGCAAAGGAUUUCUGAUGUUUCUGAUGUGCAUUCCAGUGGAUCGCCCCUUAUGACUUACUGAUCAUUUCCCUAUCCUAACUCCUAAGGAUGGGUGGUUAGACAAUUCCCUUUACCAUCUUGCCCAUUAGUUUCACUUUACAAUGUUGGAAUAUGAUUGUCAAUAGUUUAUAGAUCAUUAUGUUUUGGAGUUUGUCCUGUUUCUGUCGUCUGUUUAGAAUGCAUGACAAUAGUAUCUCCUCUUUGUUUCUGGCCUGCUAGUUGCUUUAUUAUAUUAUUGAGAAAUGAGGUAUUGGUUGCUCGGUCGAAAGUGCACAAUUCAGAGCUCUGUUUGAAUUUGAUAAACACCAGUCA